UCGCUCGAGGGCCGUGGGCGCCAAUCGACGGUAUAUCUUAAUAAUCAACACCUUGUAUCUGCUAUCUGCUCUACUCUCUCGACCAAGGCCAUACCCACAUUUUUCGCAUGGCCACAUCUAGUCCGCGGGUGCCUGCCGAGAUCAGUGACUAUAUAAUAGAUCUCUUGCGAGACGAUCGAGCGACGCUGUCGCUAUGUGCUCUCACAUGUCAUUCAUGGCUCCUCAGAGCCCAAAAACACGCAUUUCGCAAGGUGUCCCUCGUUAGCGCUGAACGCUAUGAACAGCUCGAGUCGCUCGUCCUGAGCAAUCCAAGGAUCGCAUCGCUGAUAUUAUCCCUUUCGAUUGGGCCAAUCCAGGAUCCUGUUGGCGGCCGCCUAGAUCGCGAAUGGCCGUUGGUCCUCCUGAAGCUCAAUGCGGUCGAUGAAUUGGACGUGGUCGGAUGGGCUGCUGGUUGCGUGUCUGAGAAGGUCAUUCGACACUUGCCCGUGCUCUUUUCAGAGGUUAGGUCUAUCCGACUAUCUCAAAUCCACUUUUGGCGACCAAAGGCUUUCGACCUGUUCCGAAUGCUAUGUGCAUGCCCCAAACUCUCCGCACUUUACCUGGACAGGAUACAAUGGCAGCAGUUGCACGGCGGGCGCGCCGGGCUGUUUUUUAUAACGAAGAACGUUCCGCUCGGUUCUGUCCUCGCUGAAAUAGUACCCAAGCAGCCGAUGUACAUCGACACUCUUCAAGUCACAGUAUGCCAUCGCAGUAUCGCGUUGUGGUUGAUACGAGGCCCACUACAUCUUCAUGUCCGAAGGCUUACGGUAUCUUGGAGCCAACAGCCUGCAACGCUCAUCGUCUUGCAUAGCCUGCUGCAGGCAGCUGGGGAUUAUCUUGACGAACUGACUCUUGAGCUCGACGCAAGAUCCUUCAAUGCACGUACUGAAUCAACGUUGUCCCACCUUGACUUCUCGCAAAACCCUCGUUUAUCCUCGCUCCAUGUCGUCUUCGAUGGCGUCGAGAGCGUGGACCUUCCCCAUCUAGUUGUCGUCCAUUCUCUGCUGCGCGUAGUGCACCGCGAGUGCCAGGCCCUCCGACGGAUCACCAUCAGCCUGAGCCGGAAUGACUGUGACCCUGCAGUUAUCGCCACUCUGCAGCGACCGCCGAGUGUGCGCGCUGCAGCUUGGCAGUAUGUCGACGCUGCGUUGGCGACCUUGGCACAUGGUCAUCCGGGAAUAACCAUCACUAUAAAGGUAGACUGGACACAAUCCCCAAUUUCGUGGGCGGAGGAAACAGCGGGUCGCAUCAUUGAAAAAUUACCUAGCAUUCGGCGUGCCAGUUGUCAACUACAAGUGAUAUGUGGACGGUCUCAAGACAAGAUAUCCAUAUUCAGAGGGUUGUCAGGUGGAUGGCAGGAGUUUCACAAGGAGUAUCCUUGUCCGUAGGUGGAAAGGAUGCUGGCUCAGUAGCGUCUACCCGUUACCAACCUAGGUUCUUCGCAAGUACCGGAUGCAGUUGUGGAGGAACAUGGCGGCACAGCAACACUACCGCCACCAACAUGCGUCCCACGAACAACAGCAGCCAAGUUCGAG